AUGAUCAAGCUCUGGAGUGUCAAGAAAGAUGAGGAAGCGGCCAACAAGAAAAAACCACGUAUGACAGCUGCUCAGCUAAGAGUGCAGAAGGAUCUUACCGAACUUGAACUUCCAUCAACGAUGACCACCCAUUUCCCCGACCCAGCAGAUGUGUUGAACUUCACUCUGACGAUAACUCCCGAUGAAGGUAUUUACAAAGGUGGUGUGUUCAAAUUCACUUUCAGCAUAAGUGGGGGAUAUCCUCAUGAACCACCUAAAGUCAGAUGUACGCAGAAGAUCUACCAUCCUAAUCUUGAUUUGGAAGGAAACGUCUGUCUCAAUAUCCUCAGAGAAGAUUGGAAACCCGUCUUGAACCUUUCUUCAGUCAUGAUCGGUAUCCAAUAUCUAUUCCUUGAACCUAAUCCCGAUGAUCCACUUAACAAAGAAGCAGCAGAAGAUCUCCGACGUAAUCGAGAAGGGUUCAUCCGAAAUGUACAGAACUCGAUGAAGGGCGGUACAGUCAAAGGCGAGACUUUUGACAGAGUACUCAAGUAG